AUGACAAAGACGAAGGUGGCCCCGAAGAAAGCACUGAGUGUUGCCCGACUCGAAUUGCAAGCUGCGCUUCUCUGUGCGCGUUUGGCAACGUACGUUCGUAAAGCCUUGACACGACCUAUACAUCGGCUUGUAUUCUGGACGGACAGCAAAUGCGAUCUUGGAUGGGUGCGUUCCACUGCUGUAUGGUAUAAGCCCUUCGUGGCCCAUCGCAUAGGAGAGAUUCAAACCUUGACAGAUUCGAAAUCGUGGCGUCAUGUACCAGGUCAGUUGAAUGUGAGUGACUACGCUACUCGGUCAAGAUCCGAUACCAAGGAAGAGAUUAUUCCCAGAAGGUGGUUCACCGGACCCGAGUUCCUCUCACAGAGUGAAGACCACUGGCCGAAAGAAACUCUAACUGAAGAAACACAUGAGCCAACUGAGAUGAAGCCAAGCAAAGUGUUCGUUGCAAACUCGAAGAAAGAUCUUGCCAAACAUCCAGUCAGCAUAAUCUUGACGCGGUGCUCAUUCUUGGGAAAAGCUCAACACAUAAUGGCGCAAGUUCAGCGUUUCGUCGCUUUAUGCAAAGGUGCCAAGCCCGUCGGUGUGCCCCUGGCGGUGGAAGAGUUCCGAGCUGCGAUGGUUGUUCUGGUGCGCUAUUGUCAACAGGAGGCAUUUUCCGCCGAACGUGAAUCACUGGAAAAGAACAAAUGUGUGGAUCGACGUUCAAAACUGCUCUCAUUCACACCGUAUUUGGAUAAGGACAAUGUAAUCUGUGUCGGUGGACGACUGGACCGAGCAAAAUUGGUCUACGAAGUACGUCAUCCAAUUAUUCUACCACAGAAGCAUCCUUUAACCGAGUUGGUUGUCGAUUGUUAUCAUCGUCUCGAAAAUCAUGGAGGUGUUGAUCAUGUGCUUGCUGCCAUCCAUAAUAAGUUCUGGAUAAUUCACGGUCGACAAGUGGUGAAACAUUUCAAACAAAGAUGUUAG